CUCCCCGGUUCUUUGCCCAUUUCAGGGUCUCUGGACAGCAGCUCCCCCAUUACCAGCCAGCCCGAGGCCUUCUUCUCGAAGCUUCAGGAGUUCCGGGAAACCAACAAGGAGGAGUGUGUUUCCAGCUACCCUGAAUCCCAGUUCCUGGGCCUGCAGGAAAACGGUGGCAUGGAGGAAGACCACGAAUGCAUGUACUGCUACCGGGUCAACCGGCGCCUGUUCCUGGUGCCUUUGGAUCCUGGCACCCCCUGCCGCCUGUGCAGGACCCCGCGGGACCAGCGGGGCCCUGGGACCCUGGAGGAGCCGGUGCAGGUCAGGGUGAGCAUCCCCCUGUCCAUCCUGGACCCCCCGCACCAGUACCGCAUCCACCGCCGGAAGAGCUUCGAUGCCUCCGACACGCUCGCUCUGUCCAGGCACUGCCGGCUGGGCUGGGACAUUCUCCCUCCCAAGUCUAAGAAAAGCUCAGCCCCCCAGAGCCUGGACCUGUGGGCCUCUGUCUCCCCCGAGGCCCAGCACUGGAAGCUGUCAGCCGCCAGCCCUUCCCGCUUGGCCUUGCCAGUGCGGGUCCCACCCCCCACCCCGAUUUGGUCAGAACCCCAAGUCCCCCGGCCCCAUGCCCUGCGACAGAAGCCCUGAAGACUGACCCCUUGGAGGAUGAUAGCACUCCUGCGGCCUGCAGCCUCCCCUCAGGCAGGCUGCCUGUGAGAUUGAGGCCCUGCCCAGUCUCAGCUGGAGGUGGCUCAGGCCCCACUGUCCUGCAGAUGGGGAGGAGAGUAGGCCCAGGCUCAUCUCCAACCUGGGGUCCAGAGAGGGGCACUCUGUGGUUGGGAGUGAGGGGAUCCUGUGACAUGUUUGCAAAUAAAGCUCCAUGCUCUGUGCAGCA